AGAAAUUUUCGAUUUUGAGGUUUUGGGAGCAAUGGGUGAAUCUGCUGUUCUAUUUCAUUCCUAUUCAUUUGCAGCUCCUCCUUCUCGUAAUGAAUCUCAUGAGGAUAAUCCGAUUCAUGCGCUUAGUCAAUCAGUUUCAUUUGGUAGGUUCGUGACUGAGAAUCUUGAAUGGGGGAAAUGGUCAAGUUUUUCGCAUAAGAAGUAUGUCGAUGAAGCCGAGAAAUUCUCUCAGCCUGGAUCUGUUGCUCAGAAGAAAGCUUUCUUUGAAGCUCAUUACAAGAAAAUAGCUGAAGCCAAGAAAGCAAAAGCUUUAGAUGAAUCAUCUGACACUAAACAAGAAGAACAAGAAGCAGAAAGUGUUGCGGUGUUGCUUAACACUUUGGAGACAUUGACUAAGGAUGAGGUUAAGGAAGAAGAGAGUGUUGAAACUGAGUUAGUCAUGAGUAGUAGUGAAGAGUUGGUGUUGAGUAUUGGGAAAGAUGAAGAGCCCGGAAGAAAAAGUGUUGCGGUUUUGGAACAAGAAGACGGAGAAGUGGAUAACUCGUUAGUUAAACCCGUGGCUGCAGAUGGUUUGCAGGUUGUUCAUGAUGAUAAAGAGAAAGAGAAAGAGAGUCACUCAGAGGAUGGAGAGUUGUUGAAGAAGAGCUGUUUCGUUGGAGAAAAAGAAGAAGAGAGAAGAUCCGUAACCAAGAACUCAUCGAUGGUUAGAUUGUCUAUGGAGAAAUCAGCCACGUCAGAAACUCCGGACAAAGCAAUGGAGCUUGUUUUCUCACUGAAAAUAAGUGGAAAACCGAUAACUCAUAGUUCGUUGAAGAAAAGCGAAAAACCAGUUCGUCCCAGAUUCGGUUUCUUGAGCUGUUUGAUGGGAAACACUAAAACUCAAGAUCAAAACCUGACUAUGAAGAAGAGAAAGACGAGUAAGAAACCAUUUCUAUGUCUUUGCUUCAAACCUGAGAUGGUUGGGGAAACAGAAGCGGCAAGACAAAGGUAGAACACCAAAACACAGAAGAUGAAUCUCUGAAAACACUUGCAAGUAGAAAGAUUGAUCCUUCUCUGUUGGGUUCAAAGCUUUUAGAAAGAUCUGUCCUCGGAUUCAAGAAUGGUAAAGACUAAAAAGAGAAUCUUUGAGUGCACAGUAGCAAGAAAAAAUGAAUAGCAGAAGAAGGUUUGUUUCUUUUUCUGGUAUUGUAAACUUUGUGAACCUUUUUGUUGUAUGUAUGUAUCUCAAUCUUCAAUGAAACACUUUCUCCUUC